AACAUUCAAGUAUAGAUAAUUCAAGAUGGAUACUAAAACUCCAGUCACUUUAGCUAAAGUCAUCAAGGUCUUAGGUAGAACCGGUUCCAGAGGUGGUGUCACCCAAGUCAGAGUUGAGUUCUUGGAAGACACCUCCAGAACCAUUGUCAGAAACGUCAAGGGCCCAGUCAGAGAAAACGAUAUCUUGUGCUUGAUGGAAUCCGAAAGAGAAGCCAGAAGAUUGCGUUAAGUGGUUUUCGCUGGUAUUUAUCUCUAAAGGCAUAUAACUAUUAAUACAUAAAUUGUACUUUUA